AUGGGCGAUGGCGUAACAGACAACCGAGGCGAGAUCAUCAAGUUGCUGACCGACAAAACCGCCACCGCCGUUGCUCACUGCAAGGCCGGUAAGGGUCUCAUCCGCCUCAACGGUUCCCCCAUUGAGCUCGUUGAGCCCGAUGUCUUGAAGUUCAAGGUCUACGAGCCCAUCCUCCGUGUCGGCUCUGACAAGUUUGCCAACGUUGACAUCCGCAUCCGUGUCAAGGGUGGUGGACACACUUCCCAGAUCUACGCUGUCCGUCAGGCUCUUGCCAAGGCCAUCGUUGCCUACUACCAGAAGUACGUCGAUGAGGCCUCCAAGAACGAGCUCAAGCAGAUCUUCCUCCAGUACGACCGUACCCUCCUCGUCGCCGAUCCCCGUCGCUGCGAGCCCAAGAAGUUCGGUGGUGCCGGUGCCCGUGCCAGAUACCAGAAGUCCUACCGUUAA